UCCCCCCCCCCCCCCCCGCGCGCCUGCCGGUUUCCCGGGAGGCGGGCCGUGGGCACGGCGGGCGGCAGGGCCAUGAUGCGGAUGGGCUGCUGGUGCGCGCGGUGGCGGCGCGGCUCGGGGGCCCCGGGGCGGCGCUGGCGGUCAGGGGCACCGGCGGGCCGCGCCCUGCGGGUGCUGGUGGACAUGGACGGCGUGCUGGCCGACUUCGAGGGCGGCUUCCUGCGCAAGUUCCGCGCGCGCUUCCCCGAGCUGCCGUUCGUCGCGCUGGAGGAGCGGCGCGGCUUCUGGCUAUCGGAGCAGUACGGCCGCCUGCGGCCGGGGCUGAGCGAGAAGGCCAUCAGCAUAUGGGAAUCAGAAAACUUCUUCUUAGACCUUGAGCCUCUGCCAGGGGCGGUUGAAGCUGUGAAGGAGAUGGCCAACCUGAAGAACACUGAGGUCUUCAUCUGCACCAGUCCCAUCAAGAUGUAUAAAUACUGUCCCUACGAGAAGUACGCCUGGGUGGAGAAGCAUUUCGGCCCUGACUUCCUGGACCAGGUUGUGCUGACCAGAGAUAAGACGGUGAUUUCUGCAGACCUCCUCAUAGAUGACCGGGUGGAUAUCAUAGGGGCUGAGCCGAACCCCAGCUGGGAGCACGUGCUAUUCACCGCCUGCCACAACCAGCAUGAGCAGCUGCAGCCGCCCCGCCGCAGACUGUGCUCCUGGGCCGAUGGCUGGAGGACCCUCCUGGACAGCAAGCGGCUGUGCUGAGCCCCCAUGCUCUCCAGGCUUCGACUUGAUCUGAGGCAGAGGAGGCCCAGGGAUAGCACAGCCAGGCCCCACUGAUUGAAAGCAGCAGGAGAAGCAGAGACCUAGUAGCUACUGCCCUGCAGGGUUUUCCAGGGUUCAGCCUGCAGCACCAGGCAGCCAGGAGAACCCCCAGGUGGGGGAGCUCCUCAGCUUUGGCUCCCCCUUCUGCCACACCCAGCUCCAGACAGCCAGGCCUCUUGGGUAGGGGUGGGAAUGGGGGCAUGUAGACUUGCCCCAUCGCAUCCCAUCUGUCCUGUG